AUGUCUUCUAAUGAAACGUUGGAGAAUUAUCUCGCCGUCUACUUCCUACGGAACUCUUGUGCCAAUUGUGCUCACACCAAAUCAGUAUUCGGACAUUCAUUGAGUCAAUUACACUACUAUUACUCCUACGACAUCGACUUAUCGGUUCGAAAACUUUUGACUGCUAGGUUAGCCAGAAUUGGGUUUCACAAGGAGGUUGUUAUAUCCGGCUCCGUUAUUAAAGACGUCAUUGAGCGGAGGCCAUCAGUUAGCAGCUUCAAAAUGCAGCCGAUGACAGAGAAAGCCGACAAUUCGACCGGUCCUCCCGCGAAUUUUUCGGAAAAAGGAAUUGAUACAGAAAAGCACAAGAUUGAGAGAUGCCUUUGCGGUCCAAAUCCCCAACAAAAUCCUAGAGAAUCUGGCGUGGAUCGAAAUGGCGACGACUUCGUUCUACCAGAAGCUAAUGGCAAAUCCAAAUGCGCCUCAAAGCUUACAGACAAUGCGUGCCACAAAGUGGAAAGCCAGGGCUGCAGUUUUUUGGUUGUGGACGGGCCUUGGCAUGAUGUGCCGCUGAGCUCGGAUGACGAGAAGGGAGACAGUCCAUACACCACCAAGAUGAACACGAAGGAUUCCGAGGCGGAAAAGCAAAUGGCGAGGGACUGGUAUGAUGUCAGUCACGGGGAUGAAAAUACCCGCAUUGAGGAUGACUAUAUAAACCUUGGUAGUGAGUAUGGAUCAGGAGUUUCCGAUGACUGGGAUGAACGGACAGAACAUGUCGGAAGCCGGGAUAGCCGGCCCAAGAAAGUCAGGCAAUAG